ACGAUCUCUCCAGACUUCUUGCCUCCCUUGUCUGCAGCACGUCAUAGGGAAGAAUCCUUUAUCGAAUGCGACAUUUUCCAAACCGUAUACAUUUUGCUCUAGAUCAAAUAGCUUCGACCAAAUUUUUGCAUCCGUAAAGGCGGAAAUGACGAGCGCCGCAUGUUGAACGCGUGUUCGCAAGCAGUUUGACGUUCACCAUUCCGCUAAAGGCCCUCCCACGUAUCUAAGAAAAGUGAGGGCGUUGAGUACAAAAUGCAAACGUCCGAUCACCAAUCUCAGGAUUCCCGAGCGUCCUCGCUCCUAAAUCUUUUGCCCUCAUCGACAUCUGAGCAGCAGCAGCAGCAACAGCAGACCAAAGCUGAGACCAGAUCUUACAAUCCCCAGUAUCUUCCUGCACCAUCCACUACAUCUAACCCACAUACCAGCGACGCCGACUCCGACAGGCCAAACUCCAUAUCUGUUGACGCGCUGUUCCGCAACAUUGGUCAACAGGGCGCCGCUACGAAUAUGCAGCAGCCACAACAAACGCAGCAGUAUCGCCAAGCUGACUCGCCUACCCCUCCUGAGCACUAUCAGGAGCAGGAUACGAGCCACGAAUACAACGUUACUCGAAAUCCGUUGUCAACCAGCUCAGAAAGACAGAAUGUGCUGUUGUCACUCCUUGGGAACGUGUCCUCUUCUACUUCGGAGCCUCCGCCUUUGGAUUUGGACUCCACCGUUCGCCCACGUGUUCCGCCAAACUCGAUGUCUCCGAACGAAACUCAGGGCAAAAUGUUGCUGGAUCAACUGAUGGCUAAUUCUGGAUCAGAAUCUAGGAGUCCUGUGAAUGUCCCCCAAACCGCAGAGCCUUAUCGCUCCCCGUCACCAGGAUCUUAUUCGUCUCUGCCUCGAACGACGUCACCUCCUGUCAGGCACUCGUCCCCUCUGAAUCCCCAACAAGAAGCCGCUUCUCAAACUGCGGACAGUGGAAGAAGCAUGUUUGGGACCUUCGUCUCGCCUUUCGAUGCAUUUUCUUCCGUUCCUCCACCGUCCUCGACGCGGAAGAAGCCCGUUCCCCCUGUGAACCCUCAGUCGCAAUCCCAGCCCGCACCAAGCUCCAAUUCACCGGCGCGUUCUAUCUCACCCCGUGGAGCCCAGGAAAACUCUCAACAGUUUCCUCGACGCUACUUGUCGCCGGAGGAUCCAUUUGCGAACCCGACUACAAACCAGUCCGAUGGGGAAGCUCAACCCAGUGGAGACAGGCAACCUAACCCUGCCACGAGGUUAUCUCCAUCGCAUCAAGGGCCAACAACGUCUCCACCUCCAUAUCCUUCACUAGUUCUUCAUCCCACCAUCUCGAGGGACUCUCCUGGCGUGGAAUCUCCCGUACUUACGCCUGUGGUGCCCGCUCCUGUUCCUGGUGUUAAGGAGAUGGAAUCGUCCUCGUCCUCUUCUGGACGCGAGAACAAAGCAGUAAAGCAUGAGGACUCAUGGUCGACGAAACCUGCCGCUGCGACCAUGCCCGCGGCAUCUACACCCCCAGGACAACCCAGGCCGACUGCCCGGGUACCCGCUCCGUCCCCUGGAGCUCCUACGUACAACCUGGAUAUGACAGCGCCCGUUCGUGAUUCUCCAGUCACAGCGCCAUCCGGAUUGACCGCUGUGACCCCUAUUGCGCUCCUGAAGUUGGAGAACAUUUACUCUCAAGGCACAACCAUUGCGGUAUCUGGUUUUAUUGCGUACGCGAUGACGCGGGGACGUGUUCGUCUGAUUGCACGCUCGAACGGCUCGAGAGCUUUGCUUCAUUUGCCUAGUUCGUUCCCCCCUUCGACUUCAGCGACGGAUAUGGUCGUCAGCGGAAACCUUUUGGCCUGCGUGACGAGUGAUGGUGGCCUGGUGAUCUGGGAAGUCCCAGCCGAAUUGGACGAGAACCCUCCCGUUGCCAUUCUCGUCCACAUAUCUCCUACGGAUGGAGCCUUCGGGCUUAAAUUAGUGAAAUGGCACCCUAAACAGCCUGGAACCAUUGCAGUCGCUUCUGACAGGGAGGUUUACGUAUUCAAUAUCAACGAAGCAAGGCGUACCUUCCAAGGAGAAGAGACAACCCUAUCUGAACUAUCAAAAAUUGCAACCGUCAUCAAUGUGCCCUCGCCGCUUGUCAGCUUUACAUUCGAUGGUCCCCAAAUUGCUCUGGCGACAAUUUCUAUUGAUUCUACGAUCACGUUGUGGUCGAUUAAAGACCGUCUCCCAUUUUGGUCUGGACGGGUGCCGGGAGAGGGGCUGCCUUCCUCGAUCGACUUCCUUGAUGGGGGCAUCUUGGUUGGCCGCAAACAGGGCACCGUUCUGCAGUUCCUGCCCGUGAUGAGUGCUCAGGUGGCAGCGACUGUGAAACUAACUAUGGGCCAGAAAGUCGUUCGCGAAGAUGACGAAUCCAUAUUCUGCCAUGUCGGAUACGAUCCUCGCAUCAGAACCCUUUGGGUUGCGCACAGCUUGCGUCCCUCUCUUUUUGCCAUCCAGCUCUCAUUUGAGUCCCCAUCCCAAGACCCGGAUCAAUCGCGCACAACCCCAGUCAGCACUCCAAUCAUCGAGCAAAUAAUUGAAUUCCCAACUCCGAUGCAAUGUAUCAACAUGGCAAUUCUCGUCAGUGACGAGUACGACAAUAUGACUGCUGUCGCUUCGUUUGCAAUGCACCAGGGUGGUGUAGACCAAAUCAACAUAUCGAUGGAAACUUUCGAGUCCAGCCUGGCUUCCGCUACUACAAGACUUCCUCCUGCCACAUAUGUGCCGGAGAAGGAACUACCUAAGUCAGUCGCAUCGACAUUGACGGCGUCGAAGAAGCCCCUGACACCGACUGCCACUGGUCAAAGAGUGGCCCAAUCAACCAACUUCGCGGUUCCUGAUCCUAGCGGUCCUCUUUCUGAUGGUGAGGCACCUGAGGUCAAUCCUUCGAAGAGCAAAAGUGGCCGGAUUGGGAAAUCCAAAGAGAAGGCACCAAAAGGGGACACAAAGACGGCGACUGCCGAGGCAAAGGCGGACACCAAGGACCCCGAGGGUAUUGUCUUAUCGAAAGAUCUUCGCAAGGUGGAGGACAGUCUGCACACUCGCAUUGGAAAGCUGCUAUCGAAAGAGCUGGAUAAACAACAGCAACGCAUCGAGGAAAUUCGCCGUGCAGACCAAGAGGCGGAUUUCGCUCGUCAGGAAACCAUACUUAAGUUGAUCUCUACUGAGCUGACAAAAAACACGACGAGGGUCGUGGAGCAGGCAAUUAAGAGCGAAGUCCAGAAUACUGUACUCCCUGCACUUGAACAGAUCACCAGAAAUGAGAUCAGGGCAGCUUUAAGCAACCAAGUGGCUAAGGGCAUCGCGGACUCUCUGAAGCAGUCAUUACCUAAUGAACUGGAGAGAUUGCUUUUGCGCCCAGAUGUGUCAUCGCAUAUUGCCAGGACGUUCUCGUCGGCUGUCACUCCACUCAUCGAGCGUCAGGUCAAAGAUGCCAUCUCUAAGACCCUCAUUCCCGCAUAUCAGCAGACGUCGAACGCUAUGCACAUGGAACUGUCCAGGGAGAUUUCCACCGAGGUACUCAACCUCAAGAAGGAAAUCACAGCCUGGCAAGGAGAAGCCUUGCGGGGCACUGAGACCGUCAUCCGAGACAUGGAGCAGAGUGUUCGCACUCUGAGCGAACAAGUUCGGACGCUCACACUUCAAGUGACUUCUCAAUCGCAGGGCGUCACUCACCGCUCCUCUCCAGCUGCCGUUGCUCAGGCCCAGGCUCAGCAUCAGGCGAGCCAACAUUUGCAGCACCCUCUUCCUCAUCCGCAUAUGUCGAACACCUCUCACUUGCGUCACGGAAGUUUGGCAACCUUGGCAACAUCCAAUCCGCUUCCUACUCUCCUAGGACAGGCAGUCGCUCAGUCUCAAUCUCAGCCACCAGCCACCAGUUCGUACGGAUCUGGAAUGUGGCAGUCCAACCCGCCAUCACAGUCGCAAUAUGUUCCCCUACCUAAUCCUCCACCUGCUCAGCCUUACAAAGCCCUUCCUCAACAACCGUUGCAGGCGCAGUCGAUGCAACCCUCCUCUUCCCUUCGCCAAGGCGAAUUGCCUGGGCCCACACAGGUCGCCCGUCCGAUCGUUGGCGAAGACUGGGAUGAAACCUUCUUGAGUACCCUCUCUAAACAAGACCCAAGACUUCUGCGCGAGUUACUGCAAAGAUGCAAUCCCGAAGUCGUCAUGCCAACUAAGCGCGAAAACACGCCUCUGAGUCAAGCGGUGGUACUCACCUUGAUCCAUCGAUUGUCUGAAUCCUUGCUGGAGCUUUCACCUCAAGAUGAAUCCUUCAAAGUAGCUCUGUGGUGGCUGCAACGUGCGACCUACACGUUGAAUCCUAAUGAUCGACUUAUCACGUCCUAUGUUGGGCCGGUUCUGAAUACGUCACAGUCGAUCCUCAGCCAAACACUCUCUAGACUUCCUGUUGGCCCUGCAAGCAACGAGCUCGAAAAUAUGAUCACUCAGAUUCAAAGAUCUCUGGUAAUCACCCCUUCCUAACGAUAUCUACGGUGUUUCUCUAUGCUUGUGUUUCAUCCAAUUAUGCAUCCCGUUGGUUUGUUGUGACUCCUGAUCUGUUCAUGCCCUACCUUUUUCUUCUUUCGCACCAUGCUGGCAUAAUGUUUCUGUUCCAUAUUGUAUAAUCCCUUUUAACAUGAACAUGUUAUCUUUUCUGCAAGCUGU